CGUAAACGCAGUUGAGUGAACGUUCUUUAAAAUUUUCAAGAAAAAAUCCACGAGAAACUCCUUUAUUGUGACUUUUUGGUGCCGUCAACUUCAGUAAAACAUCGAAAAGGAGUCUUCGAGGUUUACUUUCACAUUCCAGGGAUAUGGCUGUGCCGUUUUCAAACACAAAGCUGAGGGUACCGAAAGGGUUUCAAAAUCUUCUGGAGGGACUUGCCCGUGAAACGCUGCGAAACCAGCCGGAGAAUAUUUACGCCUACGCGGCGGCGUAUUUUGAGAACCUGCUCAAGAUUCGAGAAGAUGUCACUGUGACUAAGUCAGAAGAGCACGGGAUUGAUCCGGCUGAUAUUGGAGCCAAACAUGAAGACCGUUACUAUAACAACAAAAGCUUCAGAAAGGGUACCAAGGCUAACAUCGGUGAUGUCAGCGACCCCCAGCAACAGGCGGCUGCAGUCACCAUCCAGAGCUCUGUCCGAGGUCAUCAAGAGAGACAAGCACUAGAGAGCGACAAACAGACCAACGAUGAGGAAGAGGCGGCGUUGAAGAUACAGACGAGCUUCCGAGGGUAUGAAGCCAGAAAGCGUGUGAAUGCUCUGAAAGAAGAGAAAUCCAACGAAUCGACAGAAGCAUCAGAACCUGCAGCAGCCACAUCAACAGAAGAACCGGCAUCGCAACCUGCAGCAGCCAACGAGGGCGCUGAGGAAGAGGUAGAUAUUGACCUUGACGACCCCGAGGUACAGAAAGCAGCCGAGAAGAUCCAAGCCACAUUCAAGGGCUUCAAGACGAGAAAGACACUAUCGGAGAAGAAAUUGCCUGAAGAAGUACAGACUUCUGAACCAGCUGCAGAACCAGUCGCAGAACCAGCUACAGAGCCAGCUUCAGAACCAGCUUCAGAGCCAGCCGCAGAGCAAGCCACAGAGCAGGCUGCAGAACCAGCUACAGAGCAAGCCUCAGAGCCAGCAGCAGAACCAUUAGCCGUAGAGCCAGCCGCAGAGCCUGAGACACCUGCUGAAGCUUCAGAGACAGCCGCAGAACCAGCUGCAGAACCAGCCGCAGAGCCAAUUGCAGAGCAAGCCCCAGAGCCAGCUGCAGAACCAAUCACAGAGCAAGCCGCAGAGCCAGCCACAGAGCCUGCACUGCCUGCCGAAGCUGCAGAACCAGCUGCAGAACCAGCUACAGAGCAAGCUGCAGAGACAGCCACAGAGCCAGAAGAAGGUCCAGCAGAGACUACAGAGGAAGUCAAGGAAGACGUUAACCAGGAGGCUGAACCAGCACCAGCAGAAGCCGCACCCACUGAGCCAACCCCAGAGGCUGAAGCAGAGGCGGAGCCCACUAAGGAAGCAGAGCCAGAAAAGGAGGAGGAGCCAACACAAGAGGCGGAGCCAACAGCAGAGGCAGCGCCAGAAGACGCAGCGCCAGAGGCAGCAGAGACUUCUGCUCAAGAAGCAGAGCCAGCUAAGGAAGAGGAGGCAGCUGGAGAACCCAAGCAGGGAGAGGAAGAGGAGGUUGAUAUUGACCUCACUGAUCCAGAAGUACAAGAAGCUGCCAAGAAGAUCCAGGGAGGAUUUAGGCGAUUCCAAGCAAACAAAGCCAGUAAGGAAGACGUAAGCGAACCCAAGGAAGAUAUGGAAGCAACUGCCACAGACGCUGCCCCAGCCCCAGAAGAACAGGUCAAGCCGGUAGCAGACAAGAAGCCCGAAGAGGAAGAGGAGAUUGACAUCGAUCUAAAUGACCCUGACGUCGCAAAAGCCGCCGUCAAAAUCCAGUCCAGCUUUAAGAAUCUCAUGUCUAAAAAGAAGAAGACCCAGUCAGGGACCAGUCAGUAGUGACUCUAGCUCUAGGUCAAUAUGGUUUGGAGGUCUUGAAAUAUAUUCAUCAAGUUUUCAUUUGGUAUAGAUCAAUGCAGUGAGUUUAAAAUGAGUGUAAUCUAAAAGCAAUAUCAAAGGGUGGUGUACAUAAUAACCAGUAGUUCAGGAAUGAGAAAUUUCAGUGGGUAUUCUGAAUUCAGACUUAUAAAUGUUUCAAAAAAGGAACUGUUAUUUUCUUUAAAUGUAAAGAAAUUGUGUUCUUUGAUUUACUUUUCUGUCACAAAUGAUACUACCCUCCAAAAAGGGUAUCCUUACUAUUUUGCUCUUCCAUCUUUGGUCGAUGAAAAACAAAAUGGCUACUUCUCGAUAAAGGUUCUUGUAGUAAGCAACGAUGAAGGACAAAAUUUAACCAAAACUGAAAACUACGUUUUAACAGUUUUUUUUGGUGCUUUUGUAGCAAUAUACGAUUCAAAAGGAGAACAUUCACAGAAUUUGCUGCUUAGUCAAACUUUGACUUAAUAACUUCAAUCUGUUUUAACAAUAAGUUCUUUCCAAAACUGAAAGUCUUGUUUGGUUUUAGUUUGUUUUUGAGAUCAUUUGUGAAUUUCGAAGGUUAUUGUGUACACCUCCCUUAAAUUUGUAGUACAUUUUUACAGAGUUUUCAUAACAAAACGCUGGUAUUUUUCUCUUUAUAGUUAUCAGUCAGUCAGUAAAAUUAUCAAUUAUAGAUUGCUAUCCGUAUUAUUAUGAUCACUAGAUUGAAACUUUUUUACUAAGAUUUGUGUUCACCUCAUCAAGUUUAUUGCAAUAUUUCUCAAAAUGAAAAAGAAAAGAAAAUUGAAAGGUAUUUAAUUCCUCAAGGAGAGUUGACAGUCGAAAAACAAAAUAUUUCAAGACCUCUAAAGCAGAUUUUCUAUGCACUUUAAAUAAAAAAUAGUUGGAUUUUUACGAAGGUAAACAAUUAGUUUAUUCUGGUUUAUUUUGGAACUGCAAGAGGUAUUCAUCUUUAAGGUUGGUUUAACAAAAUCAUUUUACAAACAAACCUAACAAGUUCUUUACUCGGCCACUUUAGGUGACUUCAUUCUGUAAGAUUCUGUAAGUAUGCUCAAGAUUCCACUACUUAAUAUUCUGUUAUUACUUCAGAUGACUUGGACCCAGUUUCAUGGCUCUGCUUACCGAAGAGUUCUGCAUUAAUGGCUAUCAUUCUCCACUUUAAUACUGUGCAAGUGUCGCAUUUCUACGCUAGCAUUUCUACGCUAGCAUUUCUACGCUAGCAUUUCUACGCUAGCAUUUCUACGCUAGCAUUUCUACGCUAGCAUUUCUACGCUAGCAUUUCUACACUAGCAUUUCUACGCUAGCAUUUCUACGCUAGCAUUUGUACGCUAGCUUUGUAGGAAUGCUUAGUUUAGGUAACGUGGAAUGUACACAAGUACAUUAAGCACCAAUCUCCCACUAACCUGUGAAACAAGCUAGAUGUAAGCUUCCAUAAGUGCUGAUUCUUUGCUUACAGUAAGCAGAACCGUGAAAUAUGGCCGAGACAUUCAACAAAAUUACAGAAACAAUCAAUUCGGUCGGGUUGGGGUAUCUUUUAUUGUUCUAUAACAGUGGGAUGUUUAGUAAUGUAGUAUUCAUUUGUUAGUUUUCAACAAAGCUAUUUAUUGGAGGAUUAUUUUCUACAUGGUAAGUUAUUCUUAACAGUCUUCAAAUAUUCUUAAAUCUCUAAUCAGGUACUUUCUACAAUCUAUAAUACUAGAGUAAAGUUGUUAAGUCUGAAAUAAAAAGCACAAUGUUUUCAUCUUGUCAGGAAGGGUCAGAGAUGGAUUGAUGGGGCUAAAAGCGACUUCAACCAAUCAGAGAGCUCCUUAGUUGAGUCAAAGGAUUUUGACCAAUUGUAUUCACUCUUACAUGUCAAGUCGGCAAGCUUUGGUUUGAAGAAAUUUACUUAAGAUUUAUCAAAACUUGCUUUUUAUAUAAAUUAUUUUUGAUUUAAACUGUUUAUCAAAAGUACUCUAAAAUUUAUGUUGACAAGAACACAACUACACAACAAAUUAAUGCACUUUGUCUUAAUCAUUGUAAAAAAAAAAAAAAACCUUUAAACUGUACUUAGACUUGUUUUUCUUCUGUGGAUAUGUUCUUUAGUUUUAUUGGUACAGUACAUGUACAGACAGAGAUUGUGCUGUUGACAGUUGUAUAUAUUUAAUCGUUACGAUUUUAUAGAAAUUAAACUUUACUUUAUUCAUUUUACAUUUUAAUUACCAUUUCAGUUAGCUGUGGUUUACUGUACCCUAAGAAACGUAGGGUGUACUUUUAGUAAUAACUCAAAAAGUUGAUUAUAUAAGACAACUUGGUAAAGAGCACUGGAGAGCUGUUGAUAUUAUGAAACAAUGUAAGACACAACGCUCUUUAUAUAGUAAUGUAGAUUUAGAGAGAGAGGUAAUUUUUCACUCCAAAAUUUGAAUCUGAGAAAGGCUUCAGGCGUGAAGGAUUUCUCAAGCAUCUACAAACAGACAAUUCAAUGCAACCAUGUUCGUUAAUAAAAACAAAUUAUCAUUUGCUUGCAACUUUGAUGACGAAUUGAGCCAAAAUGUUCACAGGUUUUUUCUUAGUGCAUAUAUGUUAUUUUGGGAGACACUUAGUGAGGAUACUGGUCUUUGACAAUUACCAAAAGUAUACCCCGUCUUUAACCAAGAAAAGGUUGGAUAAGCAAAAGAAAUAAUUGCUGUUUAUUUACCUCGACAACUGAAAUGAACUUAAAACAGAAGAGUUUCAGUUAUUCUUUUGAUUUAAUGAUUAUUAUUAAGUGAAAGAAAAACUGUUUUGAAACAAACAUACACAUCAAAAUACUUCCAUUGUAAAAUCCUGCAAAAGCAAGGGAAUAAUUUGUGAGCCGCUGUUAAAACUUUGUUUCUGUUAUUUGUGUUAUUUUAAAUGUCUAUUCCAUUAUGAUUUCAUGGUAAUAAAAUACUUUGUUUCUUCA